UUUCUGCCCCUCAAUUAAUUCUAACACCAACCGAGUUUCCGGCCCCUCUUUUCUGUCGACCAACUGUCCUUCUCCCCGCCCCAACAGACCCAAGAUCCCUCUUCUUUCAUAACAAGCACUACUUUCCUGGAUUAUUUCCCAAAACUUUCAACAAGAAGCUGUUCGACAUGCUUGAUCUUGCGGACUUUAUCAGUGACCGCGGUGGAAACCCAAACAAAAUCAAGGAAAGCCAGCGCAAACGCUAUGCACCUGAAAAUGUCGUUGAUGAGGUUCUUGCUCUAUACGAAGAAGCACGGCAUGCACGCUAUCAGGUUAUGCAGAUAAAUUCGCAGCUCAAUGCUCUCCAAAAAGAAAUCGGAAAGAAGAAAAAGAACAAGGAAGAUGCUAGUGAGUUAAUGGAGCAGAAAGUUGGCCUGGAGAAAUCAAAGAAGGAUGCCGAGGAACUUGCUAUUCAAAAGGAAAUGCAAAGGGACAGCAAAAUUGGAACAAUUGGUAACCUUGUUCACGAGUCUGUCCCUGUGAGCAACAAUGAAGAUGACAAUGCUGUAUUAAGAACGUGGGCACCAGACAACGUCAAGGUUGACAAGCGCGAUUGCCUUUCCCACCAUGAAGUACUCACGCGUCUUGACGGAUUUGAUUCGGAGCGUGGAGUCAAGGUGGUUGGUCACCGCGGCUACUGCUUGACUGGCUAUGGACUUUUCCUCAAUCUCGCCCUCAUAAACUAUGGCCUAGAAUUUCUAUGGGGAAAAGGCUACAAGCCAAACCAGCCCCCUCAAUUCAUGCUCAGGGAGAUGAUGGCCAAGACUGCUCAACUCGAGCAGUUUGAUGAGGAAUUGUAUAAGGUCACAGAAAGCGAGGACAAGUCCACUGACAAAUACCUCAUUGCCACCUCGGAGCAGCCAUUGUCUGCCCUGCAUGAUGGGGAGUGGCUACAAGACAAGGAUCUACCAAUCAAAUAUGCUGGGUACAGCACAUGCUAUCGGAAGGAAGCGGGUUCUCACGGUAAAGAUGCCUGGGGGAUCUUUCGUGUUCAUCAGUUCGAAAAGAUUGAACAAUUUGUUCUCGCAAAACCAGAAGACUCAUGGCAAAUAUUUGAUGAAAUGAUGGCUACCUCUGAAGAGUUUUAUCAAUCCCUCGGUCUGCCGUACCAGGUCGUUGCUAUUGUUUCGGGGGCUUUGAACAAUGCCGCCUCCAAGAAGUAUGACCUCGAGGCAUGGUUCCCAUUCCAAGGAGAGUACAAAGAAUUAGUUUCUUGCUCCAACUGUACCGAUUACCAAGCUAGAGCACUAGAAAUUCGCUACGGUACGAAGAAAGCCACCGAUGUCAAAAAGUCAUAUGUCCAUGCUUUGAAUGCGACUUUGUGUGCUACCGAACGGACACUCUGCUGUGUACUAGAAAAUUAUCAAACGGAAGAUGGAAUAAUUGUGCCGGAGCCUCUGAGGAAAUAUAUUCCAGGCAUGCCCGAGUUUCUUCCGUAUACGAAAGACCUCCCUAAGGACAGUACUUCUGUCAAAUCCAAGGCUAAGCAAGCUUCGAAGAACGCCAGUAACCCAGAAGAAACUGCCAAACAAAUGCAAGACCUUCAGGUUUAACUGAAGUUAUCUACAUACUUCAGACAAGGAGACAAGCUCAUUGGCCCAAUGGUUCGUCUAGUGAGACAUUUCAAUCAAAUAUUCUACAAAAGAGGCGUGCUAGGGACCUUAGUCUUGAAUAAAUUUCCGCAUUCCCCAAAAAGGAAUCUGAGAAGGGUCUACAUAGAAUAAAUGCCAGAAUACAUGUUCUGUACAUCAUGUGGAGCUGCAAGUGUUCUCCCUAUGGAGGUAUGGAGUAGUGAGCAAGCUAUCUGGUGCAUGUUGAUCGCACUGAUGAUAGCAAGGGAGGAAUCUCAAUACUAAUAGGCGCUGUGCUUUAGUAGAUGAAAGCAAACUGGUGUGCACUACAUGUUCUAUACUCUGUACUGAUUACCUUAGUACUGUUGUACCGUGCAAAAUGGUGUGCGGCUAUGUGGAUUUAAUUCUAUGAUACCCCUGAAGCCAAAUUUCGUUGCAG